UUCAAGUCAGCCGGCGGGCUGCAGGCGGCUGUACCGGUGCUUCAUGAAGACGAACACACCUAAUGACAAUCGAUUUAAAGAGCCGAAGUUACACGAACUCUCUUCAUUUGUGUACGUCAUUUCCUGAUAAAGGACCGAAGUUACACGAAUUCUCUUCAUUCGAGUACGUCAUUUCCUAAUUUUCUAUCCGGUGGUGUCCCAAAACCACGUUAUUUCUCCAGUUCUCCCCGUGUUAGACAUUCUCUGGUAUAAGUCUAUGAGCCAAACAAGCUAAAACAGGAAGUGAAAAUCGAACCAAGGAAUUAUGUGUUCAUUGGAAACGGUUUUAGCAGAUGCCAAGUCGCUCGUGGAACGUCUGCGCAACCAUGACAGCGCAGCAGAGAUGCUCAUUGAACAGACAACUCUCCUUAACAAGCGAGUGGAAGCAAUGAAACAGUAUCAAGAAGAGAUUGAGACGUUAAAUGAGGUGGCAAGACAUAGACCCCGCUCCAGCCUUGUAAUGGGAAUUCAGCAGGAAAAUCGACAGAUCCGUGAGCUACAACAAGAAAACAGAGAGUUGCGAACGUCUCUAGAAGAACACCAAUCAGCCCUUGAACUUAUUAUGACUAAGUAUAGAGAGCAGGUCUUCAGACUCCUUAAGGCCAGUAAGAGAGAUGACCCCGCCAUUGUUUCACAGUUAAAGGAGCAGCACACCACCGAAAUGCGGGCACACUAUGAUAAAAUCAAUGAGAUGGCGACAGUAAUGAAGAAGGCAAUUGAAGUGGAUGAGGAGAGACAAUGUGAAGAUGAGGAAAGGAUCAAACAAUUGGAGCUGGAGAAUAAUGGUCUUCGUGAGUUGUUGGGAGUCAGCCGAGAGGCCUUCUGGGUACUGGAGAGAGAGAAUGCUUCAGAUAGCUCUUCACUCUCAGCCCUUUUAACCAGGGCUGACAUCAACCUUCGGAAGAGCUAAGCCCUGUAGGACCUUCCUCCCAUUCCACCCUCCCAACUCACUUCUAGUCCCACAGACUCAGAGUACUGCACCACAAUGCAGUGGAGCUUCAUACACUUUACAUGCUCAUUAGACAAGUGACAAAGCCUUUCUUUAAUAUUGUUGUGGCAGAUUUCUAUUUUGUUGCUUGUGAGAAUUGUGUUAUAAGUAGUGAUAUGGAAUAAAACAAUUGAAUUGGAUGUCAAUUCUUGACCUUCUGUGCCGUGGUAAUUGUAUUGUAUUAAAUUGUAAUAAGUAA